CAGGGAAGCGGCACGCGCAGACGUGCAGCGUCAUAUAGUAAGUUCACAAAAUCCACAAGGCGCAGAAGCGCAUGGUAGCAUCAUGCCAGUUUAGUGUAUGUUUAGCCGUAGACUUGAAUAGGUCGGUGCAUGAAAAAUGGCGGCGGCAAUCGAAGGUGUUUUCAACGAGGAUUUGCAAAAUGCUAUUCUUCAAAGCAAAGUAUUGGUCGUGGGUGCCGGUGGAAUCGGCUGUGAAAUUCUCAAAAAUCUGGUCUUGUCAGGCUUCCCAGACAUCGAAAUUAUUGAUCUCGAUACAAUCGAUGUGAGCAACUUGAAUAGACAGUUCCUUUUCCAAAAGCAACAUGUAGGAAAGUCAAAAGCUGCCGUAGCUCGGGAAACAGCUUUGACUUUUAAUCCCGAUGUGAAAAUUAUUCAUCACCAUGAUAGUAUUACUACAACUGAUUAUGGAAUCAACUUCUUCAAAAAGUUCACAUUCGUCAUGAAUGCAUUAGAUAACAGAGCAGCCCGUAACCAUGUCAAUCGAAUGUGUUUGGCAGCGGAAAUACCAUUGAUUGAAUCAGGAACUGCUGGCUAUGAUGGACAAGUUGAACUUAUAAUGAAAGGAUUGACACAGUGUUACGAAUGCACCCCCAAGGUAGCUCAGAAAACAUUCCCGGGAUGUACCAUACGUAACACUCCUAGUGAACCAAUCCAUUGUAUAGUUUGGGCAAAACAUUUGUUCAAUCAACUUUUUGGUGAAGAAGAUCCAGAUCAAGAUGUUUCACCAGACACUGCUGAUCCAGAAGCAGCUGGAGAUACAGCUGGAGAAGGUGCUUUGCAAACUGAAGCCAAUGACAAAGGAAAUGUUGAACGGGUUUCAACAAGGACAUGGGCACAGUCUAACAGCUAUGAUCCUGAAAAGUUGUUCACCAAGCUCUUCCAUGAUGAUAUCAAAUACCUCCUUAGUAUGGAUAAUUUGUGGAAGAAACGUAGGCCACCUGUACCACUAGACUGGAAUAACUUACCAGACGGAGUGGCUGGAUGUAGCAGAGAUGAAUCAGAGACAGGAUUACGAGAUCAGCAACAGUGGAGCAUAGCAAAAUGUGGCUUGGUAUUUGCUGAAUCUAUAAAAAAUCUUAGCACCGCCUUUACUGCUUGUAGAGAAAAAUCAGCCACAGAUCAUCUGAUUUGGGAUAAGGAUGACCAAGCAGCAAUGGAUUUUGUAGCCGCUUGCGCUAACAUUAGGGCACAUAUUUUUGGCAUUCCACAAAAAACACGAUUUGAUAUAAAAUCAAUGGCAGGCAACAUUAUUCCAGCGAUCGCUACAACGAAUGCAAUAAUUGCUGGUGUAGUAGUUUUACAUGCUUUUCGUAUACUUUUGAAAAAACUUGAAGACUGUAAAUCAGUUUAUCUCCGACCAAAAAUGAAUCACAAGAAUCAACUUCUGGUACCAGAAAAGUGUAUAAACGAGCCGAAUCCUAAGUGUUAUGUCUGUGCUAAAACGCCAACGGCAGCUCUGGCAGCCGAUUUGAAAAAAAUGACGGUAAAGCAGCUAGAGGAUACAGUAUUAAAGGCUGGUAUGAACAUGGUUGCUCCAGAUGUAAUGAUUGAUGGAAAAGGCAUUGUUGUCAUCAGCAGUGAAGAAGGAGAAACCGAGCAGAAUGAUGACAAAGUAUUAGAAGAGGUUGGCAUAGUUGAUGGAGCAAUUCUCAGUGUAGAUGAUUUUCUACAAAAUUAUUCGCUAAAAGUCACAGUGGUACACCGUGAAAAACCAUUACCGAACAGUGAUGAACCUGAAUUCGUAAUCACAGCUGAUGCUGAAGAUCUCAAACCUAAAGAAGAAGAAAACAACGUUAAUGAGAAGCCAUCUACCUCAAACGGACAAAGCACCAAGAAUGACGUCGAAGUAUCGCCACAGACGUCUGAACCUGGUUCUGCGAAAAAACGCAAAACCGAACCCAUCGUUGAUGGCACCCCUAGCAAAAAAAGGAAAAUCGAGGUGAACAAUGUGUCAGACAGCGAUGAUGAUAUCUGCAUAGUUGAACACGAUUCCAGUACAUCUGUCACAUCACAGCUACCGUCAAAGUAUAAAAGUAUCGCCCCCGCUCCAUCCAAUGAUGACGACGACGACGAUUGUUUUAUUAUUGAUGGCCCUGACGAUGACUUUUACGUGAUUACAAAUUAAUGAAAAAGUCAACUAAGCACUAUCGUCAGUUUAUCGAACAUUUUAUUUUUCAUUCGAACAAAUAAAAAAUAGGUUUUUUCAUUUUGUAUUGCAAAAAAGAACGAAUAUCGAAGAUCAGUUUUAGUUUUAUAAAGGUUUAUUAAUGUAAUCGAAUAAUUUGUUUUCUGUUGUAUAUUAUCAUAGCAUGAUAAAGUAAUUCAUAUAUGUGUAUUAAAAAAAAAAGAAAUUUAAGUAAUACCUUUAUAUUUGUUUUCAUGGAAGAAAGCAUAUUUUAAAUAAAUGCGCGCUGUUUCAUAAGAUAAUAACUUUUUCUAAAUAAAAAUUAUUAAAAAAAUAAA